UCCAGAUAACUCUGUGCUGAAAAGCAGGGAACAAAGCAGCGGCUGCUCGAUAAAGGGUUUGCAGUCGAACCUGAGGAUGGCAGGAGAUUCUCACGUCCACAUGGACCACGACAUGGAGAUAGGAGUGACUCCAAGAGAGCAGGUGAAGAAACUCCCCAAGCACCUGAGGGAAGCACAAAUCCCAACAGAUUGCACCCACCUCAUCUCUGAUCCUGUUAAGAAACCCCGCCAGCGCUAUGUACAGAAAGACGGCAAGUGCAAUGUUCAUCACGGAAACGUUCAAGAGACCUAUCGUUAUCUCAGCGACCUCUUCACAACACUGGUCGACUUACGUUGGCGCCUCAGUUUCUUCAUUUUCACCUUGGUCUACAUUGUCAACUGGCUCUUCUUUGGGUUUUUGUGGUGGCUUAUUGCGCUAAUACGAGGAGAUCUUCUACACGCAGAUGAAGAGGGCUGGACCCCUUGUGUUGAAAACCUCAACAGCUUUGUCUCUGCUUUUCUCUUUUCCAUCGAAACCGAGACCACCAUUGGCUACGGCUAUCGUGUCAUCACGGAGAAGUGCCCAGAAGGAAUUAUACUUCUACUGGUGCAGGCCAUCUUGGGGUCCAUUGUCAAUGCCAUGAUGGUGGGCUGCAUGUUCGUAAAGAUCUCGCAGCCCAAGAACCGAGCAGAGACGCUGAUGUUCUCCCACAAGGCCGUGAUCUCGGUGAGGGACAGCAAGAUGUGUCUGAUGUUCAGAGUGGGUGACCUGCGGAAUUCGCACAUUGUGGAAGCAUCAAUCCGUGCCAAGCUCAUUCGUUCACAGCAGACGAAGGAGGGCGAGUUCAUACCGCUCAACCAGACGGACAUCAACAUUGGCUUUGACACAGGAGACGAUCGUCUCUUCCUGGUAUCGCCUCUCAUUAUCUCCCACGAGAUCAAUGAGAAGAGUCCUUUCUGGGAGAUGUCCCGGGCACAGAUGGAAAAGGAAGAGUUUGAGAUUGUCGUCAUCUUGGAGGGCAUGGUCGAAGCUACAGAUGACCAGGAAGUCGACUACAACAACUUCCACGACAUAUACGAGACCAACACCCCAACCUGUAGCGCUAAAGAACUCUCCGCUCGAUUAAAAGAGAGUCCGCUCCUCCCUCACCUGCCGCUCCUCAGCCCCGACCUCAGGCAGCACACAGACCCCUUCUCCAGCCAAACCACACAGGACAAGCGGGAGUAG